AUCCUACGUUCGCUACCACAUCAAACAUUAGGAACUUGAAGAGCCCUGGAGACGCGUAGCAGCGAGAGCGAAGGUAUAACUUUCAAUAAUCACAAGAAGCUUGAUGCGACAACCAAUUUGAGAGUACCUCUUGUCACUCUUGCUGGGAAUAUAUUAUUUCAAAAGGUCAACGACUGAGCACGUUUCUUUUUGGAUGGGAUUUAUUCUUGCCUAAUCAGAAAACACUUUAUGAGAGAGUGACUUCCAAAUCUGGCGACAGCAAAUUCACGGACAUAAAAAAAUUUCUCUGCCGCGUCUUUCAUUUCCUUCGACUCAUACUGCGAUAUCUACCUUCCACACAGACUUUUCAGAGUCUGUAGAAGCUUCCUAAUUUUAGGAAGCAUUUGCUUUAUAUCUAAUUGGACAAAACGAUUUCAAAACACUCUUUGAGAUUACUUUGCAGAAUUCGAAAAGACUUGGGAAUUCAUAUUCAAUAUGGCAAUAUCAUUCUUCGUUUCCUGGCAAUUGUGGGAAAAGAUGACAUUUGUUUUGGGAUGUGCUAUUGUGGCAGUUUUUUGCGCGGGAUAUAUCAAGUUACUAUGGACAAACAGAAUAGUGGCUAGACAGGAAAUUAUUGAUGAAGAGAAGCGCAUGAAGAUUCAAGAGUUACGACAAAGUGGACAAUUUGUCGAACCCAUGAAAGGCGCCGAUAUCCCCUUCGGAGUUCGUGCCAUUCAAAGCGGUAUUCAAGUGGAUGGAAUAUGGAUAUCUGGAACCAAUACUCCUGUGCCUAGCAUCAAACUCCAGCGCCAUUCAUCUUUUGAACCUUCUUCUCCAGAUUCAAACUCCAAUGCACACGCAUCUCCCGAUAGUCAUAAUCAUCCAACACCUCCCAAAGCUGGUCAGCCAAACUUCCGAUAUAGCGAAUCUGCACUACUCUCAAGCCACAGAAGUAUUAGCGAUGAUGAUACUCUUAUCACCGAUCCUCGUAGCUCAUCUCGUCAACGAGCAACCUACAAGCCAACAAAGUCGUCGCAAUUACGUUUUGGAACAGUCGGAGAACAUCAAUAUGAUGAAGAGACACUUGGUCAUCUAGUAGGAAAUUCAGAAACUGGUAGAGUUUAUACUCAUAAACCUCGUGGAGGUCGGCGAUCAGAUGCAUCGAUUUCGCUCUCACUCUCCGAUGCUGCCGCCGCUGCUGAUAACGAACGAUCAUCUGGUACUUCUGAUGAUUCUGAUGAGACUUUUUCUCGUGUUAGACAUCCACAACCAAACCGACCUUUCAAUUAUCCUACUCGAACUCCUUCUCCAGAAGUCUUGACUCCCGCAUUUCCAUCAUUCUCUCACCAACCAACAAUUAAAGGCAAGGGUCAAUAUUCUUCAAUUCCUCUUUUCCCUGAGGAAGAUGAAAUGGAUCCAUUUGCAUCGCCUCAUCUACGCAGUAUGGACAGAGCACAUGGAUCUAAUCUUCAACCGGUUGAAGAUCAACGAUAUACUGACAACACCAUCGAGUCUAAGGCCCCACUUCUUAAGAGUCGCUCUCCAUCUUCUCAAUUUAUACCUGGAGAACUUCAUCAAAAUAAGGCAAUCAGGAGAGUCAAUUCUGGUUUUGAGAUUUUACCUGCAGGCACAUUCGGUACUCAACCACCUAUGGAUAUCAAAGGAAAAGGCGUCAACCGUCACGAGAGUUGGAAUGUCAAUAACUCUGAUUCAUUAGCACCACUACACCCAAACAAGUUACAGAAAAAGACAAGAUUUUCAGUGGUUUGAACAGUGACGAAAAAUACGAUGGAGUAGUCAAAAAGGGAUGCUGACCAGUUUGACGCGAAGAUUUUACGAAUGAACGACACAUAAUGGGGUAAUGGGCGGGCAGAGCGAUUCAAGCAUCAUUGGCGUUACAUAUUACGGAGGUGGUGUUACAUCAAAUUUGGCUGGUGGGGGUUAAAAUCGUUUUCAAUAUUUCAUAGCUGAAUAUUAUUGGUGUCUGAAGGGAAUGGGAAAUUCGUACAUUUGCUUUGUGAGAAGGGAAAUUUGGAAAGGAAAAUGAAUCAUAUCGCUUAGGUAGUCUAGCUUAAUGAGUAACGAUGAGAUGUAUGAUGAUAGAUGAUAAUUAAAUAUUCAGAUCCUUUUUUUGUGUUGA